UUGUUUGUAUCUGUUUAAAGAGUAAACAAAGAACUCUCUCUCUCAUUUUCCUUUCUUUAAUCCUCUUUCCAGUUAUAAUGGAUUUCUAAUACGAAGCUUUACUGGUGGGGUUGUGGGGUACCAUUCUUUGUAUUAGCAAAUAAGUUCUUUUCUUUGAUUCUGUCACUUUACAGUUUCUCAUUUCUCAACCCAUGUCUUUUCUCAGAUUCCGAUUUUUUUAUUAAAACUCUGGUUCUUUUGCACCACUCCACAUGUAUUUUCUUUCAUUUGUCUGAUUUGGAUUGGAUCACGAGGAUCUAUAUUUUUUUUAGAAGUUUUUCUCGUCCCUUUUUGUUUGAUAUACAGAGAGAGAAAUAAGGAGGCGAAACUGGUGGGUUAAGUAGCCGAGGGGCUCAAGGGCACCAAUCAUUGGCUGCAGAAGACCUAGGUGGGAUUUCUUUUUGUAGUUUUUGUUGCUCUUUUGGUGUAAAAGAACUGGGUUUAAUUCAGUUUUCAAGUAUCUUAUUGUGGAAUUUGUGACUGAAUGUCGAUUGGUUUGUUUUCAUUUUUUGACUCAGUGAUUUGAAGAGUUGAUUUGGUUACAGUCAGGCAGUUUCAUUCAUCUUACGGUUCGGUUGAUUUAGAAGCAUGAAUCUUGAUUUGGUUUUUAUUGAUUAGUUUAACUUGGAUGAUUGAAUUGGAUAUUGGUACUGGAAUAAUAUAGUUGUGGGUUUGCUUUGAAAUACUCCUGAGACAUGGCUGGUGUUGAUGUUUCUAAGUACGGACAUAGCCCUGUCCAUAAAGCCAUAAUUUUGAAAGAUUAUGCGGCUCUCAGAAGGAUAAUUGCAAGCCUCCCACGGCUUUGUGACCCGGCUGAGAUUCACUCUGAAUCAGUUUCGCUUGCUGAGGAAGCUAAGGCUGAUGCGAUUUCUGCUGUCAUUGAUCGAAGAGAUGUUCCUAAUCGGGACACCCCUCUUCACUUGGCUGUCAAAUUUGGUGAUGACAGUGCUACCGAGAUGCUUAUGCUUGCAGGGGUAGAUUGGAGCUUGCAGAAUGAACAGGGGUGGAGCGCACUCCAGGAGGCAAUUUGCAAUAGGGAAGAAAGGAUUGCAAAGAUUAUAGUUCGGCAUUACCAACCAUUGGCUUGGGCAAAAUGGUGCAGAAGGUUGCCUCGGUUAAUUGGGACGAUGAGAAGGAUGAGGAAUUUUUACAUGGAGAUCAGUUUUCAUUUUGAGAGCUCAGUCAUCCCUUUCAUUUCGAGAAUUGCUCCUUCUGACACGUACAGAAUAUGGAAGAGGGAUGCAAAUUUGAGGGCAGAUAUGACUUUGGCUGGUUUUGAUGGUUUCAAAAUUCAACGUUCGGAUCAGAGUAUUCUUUUCCUUGGUGAUGGUUCUGAGGAUGGAAAAGUUCCUCCAGGGUCACUUUGCAUGGUGUCACACAAAGAUAAGGAGGUCAUGAAUGCUUUGGAUGGUGCUGGAGCUCCAGCAACUGAGGCAGAAGUGCAGCAGGAAGUGACUGCCAUGUCACAAACCAAUAUAUUCAGGCCUGGGAUUGAUGUAACUCAAGCCGUUCUUUUGUCUCAAACGACAUGGCGACGACAAGAGAAGACAGAAAUGGUGGGUCAUUGGAAAGCUAAAGUAUAUGAUAUGCAUAAUGUGGUUGCAAGUAUUAAGUCCAGGAGGGUCCCUGGAGCCAUGACGGAUGAUGAACUCUUUAACUCUUCCAAGGAAAAUGAAGCAGAAAGCGAGGAACUUGAUGAUGUAUUGACAGAGGAAGAGAAACGGCAGCUUGAGAUUGCACUAAAGUUAGACUCAUCAGAUUUAAGCAAUGAAAACGGAAACGGAAUUAUUCCACACCGCCAUAGUUGUUAUGAGCAAAGGGAUGUUCCCAUUGAAAAUAUAAAUGGUAGUAGAAAUGGAGAAUAUAGGCAGGAAAAAAAGGGAUGGUUCAACAACUGGAGAAAACGGGAAAUUAAACAAGAAGCGGAUAUGGAGAUUGUUCCACCAAGGAGUUCUCUGUACUCUGAAAAGAAUGUUAGUGAUUUCCUAGAGGAUUCUCCUUCUAGAAGUCAAAAUAAACCUGGAAGGCACUCUGUGGAGGUUGUUGUGAAGCGGGAUGAGCAUUGGAAAGUAAAGGACUCCAAAGCUUCUUCAUCAACAAACUCUGACAGUGGAAAUCGCCGUAAGGAUGGAAGCCGUGAGAAUGAGUACAAGAAAGGAUUGAGGCCUGUUCUAUGGCUUUCUCCAGAAUUCCCACUACAAACUGAAGAGCUUCUACCAUUGCUCGACAUUUUGGCAAACAAAGUUAAAGCUGUACGACGAUUAAGGGAAUUACUCACUUCAAAACUUCCAAAGGGGACCUUCCCUGUCAAGGUCGCUAUUCCAGUGAUCCCUACAAUCAAAGUGUUGGUUACGUUUACAAAGUUUGAAGAAUUACAGCCAUUGGAUGAGUUCUCUACUCCCCCUUCAAGUCCCGCUGCUGUAGGCAGAGAGAGCCCAUCAGUGAUGAAUCCCUCCAGCUCGUCUUGGUUCCGAUGGAUAAAGUCUCCUCACCCGAGUUUUCAUACAGGUGGUUCGACCAGUAGGAUUGAAACUGUUCAAGAUCCAUUUGCAAUUCCGUCUGACUAUACAUGGAUUACAGCUGAAGCAAAGAAAAAGAAAAUGCAGGAAAAAAGCAAACUUAAGAGAGGAAAGAGUCAGAAGAAGUGAUCAGAAUCUCACUUGGGUGAAGAAAAAGAAAUUUAGCACGUUGUGUCGGGGUUAAAAUAGUCGAAGAACUGAUUCUUGCAUAUACUUGUAAGGACCAUGUACUAUUGUUUCAUUUUGGGUGGACAGAAUUUGUCAUUGUUUGAUCUGAAGUUUUAUAAAUUUUCUGACAGAUUGAGAAGUUUGGUAAGAUCCACGAGAUCCUACAUAAUCACUUAUUCUUACGAUGUCAGUGUAACGACCUAGCCUUUAUUCCCAUGCCAUUAAUUUA